AAUCAAAGAAUCUCCAGCACUCGACAAGAAAAAAGUUCUGUUCAUCUUUGAUGGUCUGGAUGAGUGCCGACUGCCCCUAGACUUCCAGAAGAACAAGAUCUGUUGUGAUGUCAACAAGUCAACCUCAGUGGAUGUUCUGCUGACAAAUCUCAUCAAGGGAAACCUGCUUCCCUCUGCUCUCCUCUGGAUAACUACCCGACCUGCAGCAGCCAAUCAGAUCCCCCCUGAAUGUGUUGACCAGGUGACAGAGGUACGAGGGUUCAAUGACCCACAGAAGGAGGAGUACUUCAGGAAGAGAUUCAGUGAUGAGGACCUGGCCAGCAGAAUCAUCUCACACAUAAACACAUCAAGGAGCCUCCACAUCAUGUGCCACAUUCCAGUCUUUUGUUGGAUUUCUGCAAUAGUACUUGAACCAAUGCUGAAACAUAAGAGAGAAGAGAUGCCCAAGACUCUGACUGAGAUGUACAUACACCUUGUGGUGUUUCAUACCAAACAGAAGAAUGAAAAGUAUCUUGGGAAAGAAGAGACAGGUCCAGACUGGAAUAAAGAGAGCAUUCUGUCACUGGGAAAACUGGCUUUUCAACAGCUUGUGAAGGGCAAUCUGAUUUUCUAUGAAGAAGACCUGAAAGAGGCUGGAAUUGAUGUCAAUGAAGCCUCAGUGUACUCAGGAUUGUGCACACAGAUCUUUAAAGAGGAAUGUGGGCUGUACCAGGACAAGGUGUACUGCUUCGUGCAUCUGAGCAUUCAGGAGUUUCUGGCUGCUGUAUAUGUGUUCCUCUCAUUCAGCAACAACAAUGAGAAUCUAAUGGCCGAACCUCAAACAUCCAGCAACGAUUGUCUACUGAAUCCAGAAGUUACUAUCUACAAGAGCGCUGUGAAUAAAGCCUUACAAAGUGAGACGGGAAACCUGGACCUUUUCCUCCGCUUCCUUCUGGGCCUCUCAAUGGAGUCCAAUCAGAAGCACUUACGAGGUCUACUGACAACGAAAGGAAGCAGCUCACAGAGCCAUGAAGAAACAGUCAUUUACAUCAAGGAGAAGAUCAGUGAGAAUCCCUCUCCAGAGAGGUGCAUCAAUCUGUUCCACUGUCUGAAUGAACUGAAUGACCAUUCUCUAGUGGAGGAGAUCCAAAGCUACCUGAGAUCAGGAAGUGUCUCCAGUGAUGAACUCUCACCUGCACAGUGGUCAGCUCUGAUCUUUGUGUUGCUGACUUCAGAAAAGGAGCUGGAUGUGUUUGACCUGAAGAAAUACUCCAGAUCAGAGGAAGGUCUUCUGAGGCUGCUGCCAGUGGUCAAAGUCUCCAGAGCUGCUCUGCUGUCAGGCUGUGGAGUCACAGAGGAUGGCUGUGCUUCUCUGGUCUCAGCUCUGAAGUCAAACCCCUCAAACCUGAGAGAGCUGGAUCUGAGUAACAAUGACCUGAAGGAUUCAGGAGUGAAGCUGCUCUCUGCUGGACUGGGGAAUCCCCACUGUAAACUGGAGACUCUGAGGCUGUCAGGCUGUCUAGUCACAGAGGAAGGCUGUGCUUCUCUGGUCUCUGCUCAGCUCCUGACCAAAUCCCUCACACCCAAGAGAGCUGGAUCUGA